UAUUGUUUUCGUCGUUUGAGCACGUGCGAAUUAGACGAAAACUACUUUCCCUUGUCAAUGUAGUUUCCGAUAGGUGGCUCUGUAAGAGAGCGUUUUACUCGUGGCCGAGUAACUCUGUUCAGUCAUUCAGCGUUGGGAUUGACUGAUCGAUACAUGUGUUAAUUUGCACGGGAUAAACUUGCAUAUGAAAAUGACCACGCGGUCUGGCGAAGAGUGUGCUUCUCUGGAAAAUAUGGACUUAAAUAGUUCAAUUAGGGAACUUUUAGUAGAAAUGCGCGAACAGAAAAGAGAAAUAAGUUCUCUAAAAGAAGAAGUUCGAGGGAAUUCGCUUUCCGUGCGUUCUGAAGUUAAAAAAUUGAAGACGGAACAUGAACUAAAAUGGCGAUACGAAAGCAACAAAAUUCAGCACGAUUUCAAUUCGGAAUUGCACGAGAACAUUAGCCAGGUGCUUUGGGCAUGUGAAAACAACAAACAAGAGUACGCUCGCGAGCUAGUUAAUGACGCUUGUGAACAGUUAAAGCGACGAAACAAGCUUAUCCGUAUAGCAGACACGUCUGAGGGCGGAUGGGAGACGGUACGCCAAUAUGAGGAAAACCCCGUGGCUAGCGACUCGAGUGAUGAAUCAAGGAUCAACAGAGCGGAGGCAAGAGCAGCAAAGAAGAAGAAGGCGAAGUCAAAGAAAAGUGUUAAGCCUUCCGCUACCGUCACUUCCGGAAGCUUGCCACGUGGCGGAAACACGUUUUCGUUUCCGGUGCAACAGCAGCGCUCAGGACCCAUGCAGCAACUGCAUUCUUUUCAUCCCCAUUAUUUCAAGGGCAAUGCAAGAGACGGAAUUGGUCCCUGUUUCGCUUGUGGAGAAACCACCCACCUCAGACGCCACUGCCCCUACACCCGGCGGAUCCCGCAGCUUGACGUCCCUACCAAACAGUAGUCACAGACCGCAGAACCCGGUUAUACCAGACGUAGAUUUAAAAGAUGAGUAUUUAUCGUUUACUGAUAACUUUGCUAACAGUCAGGAAAUAUUUACUGACGACUAUUAUGAGUACGAACAAGGCCAGAAAGAAAUACUGGUUAAAAGUAGAUUAAAAAAUCAUGUGCAAUUUUGGAGAGAUAUUGGAGCUAACCAAUUCAUUUUAGACACUAUUCAAAAUGGUUAUAAAAUUCCAUUCUUUUCUUUACCAGACCAUGUACAUUGUCGAAACAAUCGUUCAGCUUUAUAUGAAAAUGAUUUUGUGACUGAAGCUAUAAAAAGUUUGUUAGAUCGCGGUCUUAUUGUGAAAUGUACAAAUGCUCCACACGUUGUUAAUCCGCUGACAGUUUCUUGUAAUAAUAAUGGGAAAAAAACGGCUUAUUUUAGAUUUACGAAAGGUUAAUCUUCAUGUUUGGAAGCAAUCAGUAAAGUAUGAAGACUUGCGUUUAGCAUUGAUGUAUAUCAAAAAAGAUUGUUGGAUGAUUAAGUUUGAUAUAACGUCAGCAUAUCAUUUUGUGGAUAUUUUUCUGCCACACACAGAUUAUUUAGGUUUUGCCUGGGAAGAUUAUUCAGGUAUUCUGGUCUAUUACAAAUUUUUGGUUCUUCCUUUUGGUUUGUCGUCUGCUUGUUAUAUCUAUACAAAAUUAAUGAGGCCAUUCAUUGCAAAAUGGAGAGGCGAAGGUAAAAAGAUCAUAAUGUUUUUAGAUGAUGGUUUUGGCACCGCAGAGACAUACGAUAAGACAGUAAUUAUGUCACGGGAAAUUAAAUCAGAUUUGUUGUUAUCCGGCUUGGUGCCUAAAGUUGAUAAAUCAUGCUGGGAGCCAGUGCAAGAAUUACAAUGGCUAGGAUCUCAGUUAAAUACAGCUAAUUUCACCAGAUACGGAAGUGAAGUUGAUGGCUUGCCAGAGGUCUUGGCGGAGAAGGUAUCCUUGCUGCCCGAGUUGCUUAAAGUCACCAAAGCGGAAAACACGCACCUCAGUUACAAAAGGGGCUUCAAUCGAUGGCGUCGUUGGGGGUAUGCUAAUGGGCUUUCAAGCGGGGAUGCCUUGCCCGCCAAGGCUUUUCAAGUUGCGCUAUAUUUAGCGUCAAUUAUACAAACAGCUAGUAGUGCAAGUCCGAUUAUAAAUGCGUUCUACAGUAUUAAAUAUUAUCAUGAUUUAUUUGAUUAUGUAUCACCUACUGAUUCAAGACUUGUCAUUAAUAUGUUAGAAGCUGCAAAACGGCGUUUAGCGAAACCUGUGAAUAAGAAAGAACCAAUGACUGUUGAUUUACUGCAACAAAUGUACACACAUAUGUAUGUUGAAAAUGAUGUUAUGAAUCAAAGAUUUAUUUGUAUAUGCCUUUUAUCAUAUGCUGGGUUUUUAAGAAGUGCAGAGGUACUAAAGUUGAGAAGGAGUGAUGUUUGUAUUAACAGUAGUUACUUAAGUGUAUUUAUUGAAUCUAGCAAGACAGAUAAGUUCCGUGAGGGAGCAUGGGUGCUUAUUGCUAGGACAGGCACACAGUUGUGUCCAGUAGUCAAUUUACAGAAAUACCUUACUUGGACAGAUUUUUCAUCGGAAUCUGAAUGUUACUUGUUUCGUCGGUUAAGUUCAACGAAAUGUGGACAUAGGCUCAGACAGGAAAACAAGCAUUUGUCAUAUAGUAAAUUUAGAGAAUUGUUUUUGAUUGCGUUUAAACCGCAUGUUCAAGACAUAAGCAAAUAUUGCCUUCAUUCUUUGAGAGCUGGUGGCGCAACUGCUGCGGCUAAUAAUGGCAUUCCUGACAGGUUAUUUAAACGUCAUGGUAGAUGGCUGAGUGAAACAGCUAAGGACGGCUAUGUUAAAAGCUCAGUUGAUGAGAGGUUAAGGGUUUCAAUGUCACUUGGAUUAUAACCAUCAAUGCAUUUUAUAAUAAGCCAAUUAUUAUUUGUACUAUACUUACAAGCCCGUUCUUUUAAUUCAGUCGGUCAUACCAAUGACUUACCAAAAAAUAUGUUGUAUUUUUGUUGUUUUUCCCUAUCGGGAGCGUAGUUGUAAAGGGAAAUAUUGUUUUCGUCGUUUGAGCACGUGCGAAUUAGACGAAAACUACUUUCCCUUGUCAAUGUAGUUUCCGAUAGGUGGCUCUGUAAGAGAGCGUUUUACUCGUGGCCGAGUAACUCUGUUCAGUCAUUCAGCGUUGGGAUUGACUGAUCGAUACAUGUGUUAAUUUUUUAUUUUGUUUUGAAUAACAGUAAGAGUAACAUUACAAACGUAAUUGUUUAAAAGUGUAAUCUACAUGCUUUUUACCCUGGUACGAGCUAAUUUUGAAAUUCAGUAAUGUGUUUUUUUACAACUGGUCAUGCGUUUAUCCACAUUACGUACGCAUUUAAUGUAUUCAAUUUAUACAUGUAUACCAGUAUCAUAAUAAUUAUUAUUUAUCCCACUGAGGGAUUCAGUCUCCGGAAGAGACGAUAGGCGUGGCUGCCUUUAUAGUUGCUUACGAGGAGGGACUCGUGUAGGCAUACAGUAUGCCUGGUGAUGUAGCAGUCUACGUUGAUAGGCGUGGCUUCCUUUAUAGUAGCUUACGAGGAGGGACUCGUGUAGGCAUACAGUAUGCCUAGUGUCGUAGUAGUCUGUUGAUAGGCGUGGCUGCCUUAUAAGUUGCCUACGAGGAGGGACUCGUGCCGGCAUACAGUAUGCCUGGCGUUGUUGUAGACUAUGUUGUAUGUUGUAACAAAGCUUUUGUGUGUAUUCAUGUUUUUUAUGUAUGUUUGAUGACUAUGAAAUAGUAAUACACGGUAUCAGUCAGUCGGUCAUACCAAUGACUUACCAAAAAAUA